AUGAAGGAAGCACAGGUUGCACAGGACCUAACGGUCACUAUCAAAGAUGUGCCAAUGCCCACACCAGGACCCGACCAAGUCGUCAUUAAGGUCAUAGUCAGCGGUAGUAACCCCAAGGACUGGAAAAUCCCCGCCUACAACAUGGCACCCAACACAAACUCGGGCGACGACAUCGCAGGCUACAUUCACACCGUCGGCUCAAACGUCUACGAAUUCAAGCCGGGUGACCGCGUCGCCUCCUUCCACAAGAUGCUCACCCCAGGUGGUUCGUUUGCCGAAUACGCCGUCGGCCACGCCCACACCACAUUCCACAUCCCGGCGUCCGUCUCCUUUGAAGCCGCUGCCACCAUCCCCCUCGCCGCCAUGACAGCGGCUAUCGGUCUACACCAACGCAUGGGUCUGCCUGAUCCGUGGAGUGCUGCAACAUCAACGCCAGAGAAAGAAAAGACGCCGACGCCAUUACUCGUCUACGGCGGCGCCAGCGCCGUCGGCGCAUUCACCAUCAAACUCGCCCGCCGCGCAGGCAUCCACCCCAUCAUCGCCGUCGCCGGCCGCGGCAUCCCCUUUGUAGAAUCCCUCAUCGAUCACGCCGCCGGCGACACAAUCGUCGAUUACCGCGACGGCGACGCGGCUGUCGUUUCUGGUAUCCAGACCGCGCUUGCUGGGAGCAAAUUACACCACGCCUACGACGCUGUGAGUGAACAUGGGUCGUAUACUAAUAUCGUGCAAGUGCUUGAGCCGGAGGGUCAGCUUGUGUUGGUGCUUCCCGGAAAACAGUACGAGGGUAUUCCGGAAAGUGUCAAGAUGCGGGUUACGAGUGUGGGCGAGGCGCAUGGCGGGGAUGCGGAUUUUGCGUUUGUUAUGUUUAGGUAUCUAGCGAGGGGGUUGCAGGAGGGCUGGUUUGUGCCGCAUCCGUACGAGGUGGUGCCGGGUGGGUUGGGGGGUGUGGAGACGGGGUUGAGGAAUCUGAAGGAGGGGAAGGCGAGUGCGGUUAAGUAUGUUUUUAGGGUUGGGGAGGAGUGAUAGUGCGUUGGAUGGGGAGAUUGAUGGAGGAUGUGGGUGCAAGUCAUGUAUGUAUAUAAGUAUAUUGAGAUUUAUAUUUUAUGUGCCGCAGGGGGAUAUAUAUGCCAUUUCGUCAAAGAGCAGCAACACAAAGCGUGAGAUAUAAAAAGGUAUUGAGAGAAGAAGAGAAAGAAAAAGAGAAGAGAAGAAUGCCAGUCGUCUUCGUCGUUUUCUUCGUCAAAAAAGAAAAGGCGACAAGAAUCAUCA